CCCUCGGCAGCAAACGAAAACAACCAACGAGUACGCCGUCAUAUGGCGGGCAACGUGUCACCAAGAAUAUGCCGGCUGGCAGCCGCACGGCCAACUCGCCGGCCAAAAGGUUCAUGAAGCAGGUAACGGCAGCCUCGAGGCUACCGAAAUUACCCAAGGACCAAAUCAAGAUCAUCGUGCGCCCCAAAGGAGGCCUUGACGUUUCCAAAACGGAUAUCAUACUCCUCGCCCAAGCCCUGGCCAUGGCGGCGGCCUUGACGGAACAGCAGACUGCCGAGGACACCGUGUGCCCAAACAAGAUGCAGAACAUUUUGGUUAUCUCUACCCCUCACGAUCAAAACGCGAAGGCGUAUGCUAGAAUCAGCAAGAUACAUACCAAGCUCGGCGCCUUUGAGGUGUCAGCCUACAUUUCUGCCCCUGAUGACACGUGCAAAGGUGUAAUAAGAAACAUCGACCCUUCAUUUGACGAAGGAGCCCUUAGGAGGAUGAUUCUGAACCCAAGAAACCCUACGGCAUUGGAAGUCAGAAGAAUUAAGAACACACAAGUAGUUGUUAUACUGUUCGACGGCAUGCGAGUGCCCAACACGGUCAUGUGUGGAGCCGCCCUCGUUCCAUGCUUUCUGUACAAACGGCAGAUGGAUGUAUGCUACGCGUGUGGCCACGUGGGUCACCGAGCCGACGUGUGCCCCAGUAGCGAAGAGGAAAAGAAGAAGUGCCACGGCUGUGGGAAAAUGAAGUCAUCAGAGUCACAAGAGGAGGAACACCAAUGCACACCCAAAUGUGAAGCAUGCGGCGGCCCCCAUAUCACCGGGGAUAGAACAUGCAAACAACGCUACCAGAUCCCAUACAUCGUUAGGCGUCGGCGUCGAAGGCGACGACAAAUGUUGCGAAAAGCACAGAUGGCCAGCGGCGAUGACAUCAGCAUCUCCUACGCAAAGAACUCGGCGACACCUGCGGCAGCAUAUGGUGGCUCCAACCUGCAAUCCCGCUCACAAUCGAGGGGGCGCUCUCGCUCCAGGAGGCGAACCGGCUCAGGGAAAGGCGGGAAUUCCAGCGCAUCCAGGUCGAGAUCCCGGUCCCGGUCUCGCUCCCAGCCCGCGAAACGGGCCACGUGGGCCGACAAGGUCAAGGGCUCCGGCACAGCACCGUCGAUGGGAAAGAAGACUACGACGGCCAAAAGAGCAAGCGGAUAGAUCCUGAACACUCACAGUCGUGCCCCAAAUGUGGUCAUGACUCAUGCUCCUUUGACCACAUGCUCUGGCUGUGCCCAGCCCUUAACGCCUCUCCACCCAUCACGAAAGAACAAUGGCAGGACUCUCUCAAGAGCAGCAAUCUCAACAUUCAACUCCAGGCUGUCCAGAGGGCCCACGACAUUGCCGCGGGACUUGAUCUCCCGGUUCCAUCGUGGGCGGAGCCACCGACUUGAUCUUCGGGAGCCUUCGGUUUGGCUCCCCGAGGUCUCAGUCCCUCAGGACUCAAAUAAAGUUCUUGUC